UGCUUAAUACUGUAUAACCACAGCUUUGUUGAUAUUUAUUUUUAUUUUUAACGUAUUAUCUCAUUAUUAUUAAGUAUGGAUUGGACUAAAGUAGUUAUAUUACUGUGUGUUUGGUUAAAAAAUGCCGAUGCAAAUUUCGUAUAUACAAGAAGCACGGCGACGCGUUGCAAAGAACACAUCUCGCAACAUGGGUACAGCUAUGAUACGUUUUAUCAGAUUCAAUCAGACAUGAGAGCUAGCUCAGACCCUAACAAAAUGUUUGAAAUGCACCUAGCUAUACAAGCAACCAGUAAUGGCCACAUAUUACUUUCUCCAGUCAAGCGGCCCAGCGCUACUGACCCUGUUUAUGAAAUAGUGGUUGGCGGUGGAGGAAACACGUUUACAGAACUCCGACGUCAGUUGAGAAGAAAUGCAAAGGUCUCAUCCAAAACACACGGCGUACUCUCCAAUAUGGAACUUAGGGGAUUUUAUAUAACAAUAUCAAAGGAUGGUCUAAUUUCAUUUGGUAGAGAAGGUGAAAUAUUACCAAUUAUAAGCUUCUACGAUGUGGACCCGCUUGAUAUAAAAUAUUUGAGUUUUGCUUCUUGGGCUGGUGUGGAAGCCAAGUUUUUGUACGACUGUCCAUUGCCAGGAGGGGAAACAAAUGAUAGUGAUGUUACCAUAGCUACAAACUCCAAGGAAGUGGCUCGUAAUCUAACACCAUCCGAGCAGAUUAAGAAGACCUUACUCCUUGGCCGUGCGGCCAAUUUAGAACCAGAAACAAAAGUGGAUAUACAAAUGGGCGUAGUAGUUACCAAUGCGAGAUAUGAUGCCUUUGAAUCCAAACUUAUCGCGGGAUUAUCUUUUGUGACAAGUUGGACCGACAAAAGCAUGACUUGGGAUCCAAAUAAAACUGAGGCCGCAAACAUCACUAAAUUGUAUUUCCGUUCCAAUCAAAUAUGGAGACCAACGUUUCUUGUAUUCAAUUCUGAUGAUGUCAAUCCUUUAGACGCCAAAAAUCCAGGAUUUAUAUCAAUGAACAACAAAGGCGAAGCAACAUUCCACUUCAAAUCCACCGUCGAGUCUUGGUGUGUUAUGUACACAGCAAGCUUCAAUAAAUGGCCCCACGAUGAAUAUGUAUGUGUAAUAGUGAUACAACCAUGGGACUCGCAUGAACAAAUUACAAUGGGACUACUUGAACCGAUAGAUUUGAAAAUGCAAAUCUUUUCAGACAUAGAUGCAAUCGUGAGAAACGAAUGGGAAGUAAGCUGGAACCAAAAAAUUGUUCCCGCAUUCCAAUGGAAUAAAAUGUAUCCAAAUUCAAACAAUGAUACGAACCAAAGCGACAGAUUCCUCAUUACCCUUAGUCUUAAACGAAAAGCAACUUCGUAUAACAUUGUGUUUUAUACUCCAUUGUUAGUGCUAGUUACUUUCGUAUUGCUGUCAUUCUGGAGCGAGCCAUUGAAUAUGUCUCGAAUAUGGUUCUACAUUGGCUGCAUCAUUGUCGUAUGCAUGGGAUUAUGUUAUGUUGAUUAUUUGAUUCCAUGUCAUACUGUGCCUUCAAUACUGGUACUCUACAUAACAGUUUUAGUGGGAGUACUAAUUGCCCUGUUACUGCAAGUUGCUUUGAUGACAAAACUCGCAAAGUCUAUCUGCGAUACACGACCAAUUCACACGACACUCUCUUCAGCGUAUUUCAGAUUCAUAUUUUGUUUACCUACAAUGACGAUGUGCAGGAACUACAGUGUAAUGAACGAUGCAUAUAGUCAUGAUGAUGCUGAUGCUGCUAUUGUAACUCCAAGAAACGGUAACUUAGAAGAAAUGCAAUCUGAGAACCCCAAUGUUACACACGUCAGCACGUUUUGUCAACCUGCAGAAUUGGCCGAAGCGUUAGAUAAACUAUUAUUCUUUGUAUACAUAACAGUAUUCACAGUAAUGCUGACGUUACACUUUUAAAAUUCGAUGAACUGUUUCGAAUAUUAGUUAUCCGAAAGUGUCGUAAAUUAAAUCAUAUUUUUAAUGUAAUAAGAAUAUCAACAACGCUAACAUCCCACCUGAUGGUGGUAACGGUUACUUGUAUAAAUGAACAGCACCAAGAUCAGCAUAAUGUGACGACCGUCAGAUCACUCAUACAUUGCCAUUCUAGAGGACUAAGAUGUAAUGAACCACAGCUUAUAAAGCAAGGUGCCUAACUGUUGAAGCAGGUAAGAUCCAUGGAGACGACUUUUGACAAUGUCUACCUAAGGUAAAAUUGUAUUUAGUGUACUACUAUUGGAGAACUAAUUGCAAUAAUUGAAAGUGUAGUAGAUACACAAUAUAACUUUAGUGUUGUAUCUAUACUAAGUAUUGUAUUAUCCUUAUAAAUAAUUGACAAAAUAUUUUAACUAUUUAUUCUUUAUGUAUUCAUUACAAUUUACUGUAAUUUAUUAACUUGCAUUACUUAAAUAUUUUAAAUUGUUUUCAUAGACAUGAGAUAAGUGAAGUGAUAAAUAUAGACGAGGAGAAAUGCCAGUGCAACUAAUAUAAAAUAAUCUAACUCAAUAUUUAUAGAGUACCUACUCCUUUUAUUCACUUCAAAUACAUGAUACAAUACAUUUUCAUGGAAAAAAUAAAUUGAUAAAAAGUAAUUCUUUUCAUUGUUAAUAUGUAUUAAAAAUUAAAUAGUGUAAUAAAAUUUUAUUGUUAUAUCUUAUUAAACUCUGUAUAUUACCGCUAUUAAUA